GCAAAAGUUAGUGGAGGAGCUGCAAGGCACCAGACGCAAGAUACCCCACGCAACUCUGUUUUCGACCCCCUCUUCCUUGUACACCGUGCUUUGAGACGCCUUUCUUCAAGAUGCAGGCGCCAGUGGUUGUUAUGAACACCCAGACCCCGGGCGGGGAGCGCCAGUUUGGCCGCAAAGCUCAACUAUCCAACAUCACAGCAGCUAAGACUGUCGCCGACAUUAUCAGAUCAUGCCUCGGUCCCAAGGCCAUGUUGAAGAUGCUGCUCGAUCCCAUGGGCGGUAUCGUCCUCACCAACGACGGCCACGCUAUCCUCCGAGAAAUCGAAGUCGCACAUCCAGCUGCCAAGAGCAUGAUUGAGUUGAGCAGGACACAAGACGAGGAGGUCGGCGAUGGCACAACCACCGUCAUCAUAUUAGCGGGAGAAAUCCUCGCACAAGCUCUGCCCCAGCUUGAGCGCAACAUCCACCCCGUCGUCAUUAUCCAAGCGUUCAAGAAGGCACUCGCCGAUGCUCUCGAAAUCAUCAGCGAGAUCGCGGUCGAAGUCGACGUCAACAACGACGAGCAGAUGUACAAGAUCAUUAGCUCUUCGAUCGGCACAAAGUUCGUAACGCGGUGGUCGGAACUCAUGUGCGGACUGGCUUUGAAGGCGGUGCGGACCGUUUCCCUCGACAUUGGCUCUGGCAAGAAGGAGGUCGACAUCAAGCGCUACGCACGUAUCGAGAAGAUCCCCGGAGGUGAGAUCGAGGACAGCGAAGUUCUAGACGGAGUCAUGGUCAACAAGGACAUUACACACCCCAAGAUGAGGCGGAGAAUCGAGAACCCCAAGGUUUUGCUGCUGGACUGCACACUAGAAUACAAGAAGGGAGAGAGUCAGACAAACAUUGAGGUUAGCAAAGAGGAGGACUGGAACAGGAUCCUUCAAAUCGAAGAGGAGCAAGUCAAGCAAAUGUGCGAUGCCAUCAUCGCUCUCAAGCCCGAUCUUGUCAUUACCGAGAAGGGCGUCAGCGAUCUCGCACAGCACUACCUCGUCAAAGCCGACAUCACCGCCAUCCGCCGAGUUCGUAAGACCGACAACAACCGUAUCGCCCGUGCGACAGGUGCGACAAUCGUAAACUCCGUAUUCUCCGCCACCGCUUCGGACAUUGGUACAGAGUGUGGUCUUUUCGAGAUCUCUAAGAUCGGUGACGAAUACUUUACCUUCCUCACAAAGUGCAAGAACCCGAAGGCAUGCACCAUCCUCCUCCGUGGACCCUCAAAAGACAUCCUGAACGAGAUUGAGCGGAAUCUACACGACGCCAUGGGUGUUGCCAGGAACGUUAUCUGGAACCCUAAGCUCUGCCCCGGUGGUGGUGCAACUGAGAUGGCCGUCGCGGUUGGUCUGGGCCAGCGUGGCAAGUUGAUUGAGGGUGUCGCACAGUGGCCAUACAAGGCCGUCGCCGAAGCCAUGGAGGUCAUCCCACGCACGCUCAUUCAGAACUCAGGAAACAGCCCGAUCAAGGUGCUUACCCAACUGCGCGCGAAGCACGCAGAGGGCUACGAAGACGGCAAGCACGGUGGCAGCACAUGGGGUAUCGACGGUGAUGCAGGAAAGGUUGUCGACAUGAAGUCAUACAACGUAUGGGAGCCUCUAGCGGUCAAGGAACAGAGUGUCAAGACUGCUGUUGAGAGCGCUUGCCUACUGCUCAGGGUUGACGAUAUCGUCGCUGCGAAGUCGGCCAAGCAAGUGAGCGGCCCGAUCGGCGGUGGUGAUGAUUAGAUGUAGUCAUGGAGGCACGUUCUGCGAAUCCCUGCUAUAUAAAUCAGGAGCAGUCGCUAUGGAAAUAAAAUAAUCACACCUGCCGUCCAUAUGAUGGCCCUAAACACAUUCUCAAUGUGAAAGUAUAACAAACAGCUACAAAGGUUGAUGAAAUUCGCUCAUGGUAUACACAAGCGGAACUCGGCACUUCUCUGAAAAUGGGCAUUUAUUGCUAAUAAUUUUGAGAAAAUGGUUUGAACCCUCCAGUAAUCUUCAAUUCGUAUAAUAGUAAUGUUGAGCCGCUUCAAGAUUGGACGGCAUAGACGAUCCU